CAACAGCUUAUUUCGGAUCUAACUUGGUGGGAAGCGAAUUUGAAUUCAGUUAUGGACCAACUCGCUUCCUCAGAUGAUAGUCUCUCAUCAGUUCCUUCAGCACCACCCCCACCACCUGCACCUGUCAACACGACUUCGAAUCCCUCCAAACAAUCUAGAACUAAAGAUCCAGUGAACCGUGUGGUGAAAAAGCGCAAGUCUACCUUGAAUACUAAAGCUCCGACCGUCUCAGCCCCACCCCUCCCGCAUCCAUCUGAACAAUCCGAAGCUCUACCAGCCGGUACAGGUCAUGAAAGUGACUUGAGCUCUUACACAUCUGAUCUUCCACCUACAUCGAUCAAAGUCAAAGCACUUCGACCCAAGACGAAUGAAAUUCUGGAUGGUCUGAUGUCUCGAUCUCGACCUGUGAAGCUACAACCUUUGACGGAUGCAGAGCUUCUUACAGCUGCUGUUACUCAACCUGAUCCAGUACCCAUAGAAAGCAGUACCAGUGUUAAUCCGAUCAAAAAGAAGAAGAAGAAGAGCUCAACCGCAAUCGGUAAGAACGAUCCUGCAAAAAAAGUGAUCCGGAAACUCCCUACAUCUGGCGUGGUGCCUAUCGAACCAGCACCAGUAGCUGGAACAUCGGCAGCGCCAGAAAGUUCCCGACCAGCUCCAACAUCUCGAACAAUUGUGGUCAAAGAGAUAUUGAUCAAAAGAAAAAGAUUACUGCUGCUUUGGAUCAUGAGAAGGAUUUCUUUGAGAAUCAUGCUUCUUAUCGUUCUAAGAGUCAAUAUUGUGGUACACCUUUCUUGGCAAAGAAACCUAAUAUGAUCUUAAUGCAUCACAUUCGUAAUACAUUACCCGAAAUUAAAAACAAAAUAGGACAAUCCUUAAUCAAAUAUCAAACCGAAUUAACAGCUUUAGGAGGCCAAUUUGGAGAACCGAAUUCAUCAAAUGUAGUUUUAUCAAUCAUUACAGAAUUUUGUGCUGAUUUUGGAACAGUAAUAGAUGGAAAUUCAAAUGAUUCAAGUACAAAUGAAUUAAGUGGUGGUGCUAGAAUCGCUUUUGUGUUUCAUGAAUUGUUUAGUAAUGGGGUUGAAUCUCUUGAUCCUUAUGAUCAAGUUAAAGAUGGUGAUAUUCGAACGAUCCUUUAUAAUUCUUCUGGUUCUUCACCGGCUUUGUUUGUGGGUACAACGGCUUUUGAAGUGAUUGUGAAACAACAGAUUAAACGAUUAGAAGAACCUUCAUUGAAAUGUUCUGCAUUGAUUUAUGAUGAAUUAAUUCGAAUCUUGACCCAAGUAUUAAAUAAAAACCAAGGGUUUAAACGAUACCCCGCUUUGAAAGAAAGGUUUUAUUCAGUAGUAGUAGCGUUUUAUAAAAAAGCCAUGUUACCCACCAAUAAAUUAGUAUCAGAUUUAGUAGCAGCCGAAGCAGUUUAUAUUAACACAGGACAUCCAGAUUUCAUAAGUGGACAUAAAGCAAUGGCCUUAGUGAAUGCAAAAAUAGAAGCAUAUAAACCACCACCAUCAACUGGACCAGUUCAAUUAGAUAAAAGUGGAAAAUUACCACCAGGAGCGAUUAAUAAUGAAAGAGAUUUAGAUGUAGAUUCUAAAAAUAAUGAUCCAGGUUUUUUUGGUAGUUUUUGGAAAGGUGGUGGUAUGAUGGGUCAACUUGAAUCUCCUCCUCAGGUUCUUAAGGCUUCGGGUGUUUUAUCGGAACGUGAAGUGAUUGAAACUGAUGCGAUUAAAUUAUUGAUUUCAUCGUAUUUUAAUAUUGUUAAACGUACGGUGAUUGAUAUGGUACCUAAAGUGAUUAUGCUUAAAUUAGUUUCACAUUCAAAAGAUGAUCUACAACGAGAAUUAUUAUCAGAACUUUAUAGACCUGAUGUUUUGGAUGAUUUAAUAAAAGAAAGUGAAAUGGUUGUGAAUAGAAGAAAAGAAUGUGUUAAGAUGAUUUUGGCUUUAGAAAAAGCUAAUGAGGUUUGUGGUUUUUGGUUUUGUUUUUAA